UUGGUCUCCAGUCUUCACACGCAGCCCUCCGUCUCCAGUCUUCACACGCAGCCCUCGGUCUUCAGUAUUCACACGCCGCCUCCGGUCUUCAAUCUUCACACGCCGCCUUUGGUUUUCAGUGGUCUUCAUUCUUCACACGCAGCCGUCGUUCUUCAUUCUUCACACGCAGCCCUCGAAGACAUUCUUCACACGCAGCCCUCCUUCUUCAUUCUUCACACGCAGCCCUCGGUCUUCAUUCUUCACCCGCAGCCCUCCGUCUCCAAUCUUCACACGCAGCCCUCGGUCUUCAGUAUUCACACGCCGCCUUCGGUCUUCAAUCUUCACACGCCGCCUUUGGUUUUCAGUGGUCUUCAUUCUUCACACGCAGCCCUCGGUCUUCAUUCUUCACACGCAGCCCUCGGUCUUCAUUCUUCACCCGCAGCCCUAGGUCUGCAGUCUUCACACGCAGCCCUCGGUCUCCAGUCUUCACACGCAGCCCUCGUUCUUCAUUCUUCACACGCAGCCCUCGGUCUUCAUUCUUCACACGCAGCCCUCGGUCUUCAUUCUUCACACGCAGCCCUCGGUCUUCAUUCUUCACACGUAGCCCUCGGUCUCCAGUCUUCACACGCAGCCCUUGGUCUCCAGUCUUCACACGCAGCCCUUGGUCUCCAGUCUUCACACGUAGCCCUUGGUCUCCAGUCUUCACACGCAGCCCUCCGUCUCCAGUCUUCACACGCAGCCCUCGGUCUUCAGUAUUCACACGCCGCCUCCGGUCUUCAAUCUUCACACGCCGCCUUUGGUUUUCAGUGGUCUUCAUUCUUCACACGCAGCCGUCGUUCUUCAUUCUUCACACGCAGCCCUCGAAGACAUUCUUCACACGCAGCCCUCCUUCUUCAUUCUUCACACGCAGCCCUCCUUCUUCAUUCUUCACACGCAGCCCUCGUUCUUCAUUCUUCACACGCAGCCCUCGUUCUUCAUUCUUCACACGCAGCCCUCGGUCUUCAUUCUUCACCCGCAGCCCUCCGUCUCCAAUCUUCACACGUAGCCCUCGGUCUUCAGUAUUCACACGCCGCCUUCGCCCUCCAUCUUCAUUCUUCACACGCAGCCCUCGGUCUUCAUUCUUCACACGCAGCCCUCGGUCUUCAUUCUUCACACGCAGCCCUCGGUCUUCAUUCUUCACACGCAGCCCUCGUUCUUCAUUCUUCACACGCAGCCCUCGGUCUUCAUUCUUCACACGCAGCCCUCGGUCUUCAUUCUUCACACGCAGCCCUCGUUCUUCAUUCUUCACACGCAGCCCUCGGUCUUCAUUCUUCACACGCAGCCCUCGGUCUUUAUUCUUCACCCGCAGCCCUCGGUCUCCAGUCUUCACCCGCAGCCCUCGGUCUCCAGUCUUCACCCGCAGCCCUCGGUCUUCAUUCUUCACACGCAGCCCUCGGUCUUCAUUCUUCACACGCAGCCCUCGUUCUUCAUUCUUCACACGCAGCCCUCGGUCUUCAUUCUUCACACGCAGCCCUCGGUCUUCAUUCUUCACAAGCAGCCCUCCUUCUUCAUUCUUCACACGCAGCCCUCCUUCUUCAUUCUUCUCCCGUCGCCCUCGGUCUUCACUCUUCUCCCGUCGCCCUCGGUCUUUAUAGAUCUCUUCAUCUUAACUCUAUUCCUCACGCCUGUUCACACUUCAAUUGUAUCAUUACGCUGCACCGAAGUCAGGACGCUGUGUGCUGGACCGGUGCAUCAGUGUGUCAGAGUCGGGGCGCUGUGGGACUGCACCGGUGUCCCGGAGUGGGGCGAUGUGUGAUGCAAAGGUUGCCGGAGUCGGGGCGAUGUGUGACUGACUGCACCGGUGUCGUAGUCGAGGCGCUGUGUGACAGCACCGGUGUGCCACCGGUGUACCGAAGUCAGGACGCUGUGUGA